AUGUCAGACAUUAUGGCAAAUGCAAUGAAUUCUUAUCUCGAGGUCACAAGUUCUAAUCCUUGCCCUAAAAUUAAGGGCUUUCAGACAAACAAAACGCCCACUACUGCUGAUGCUGCUUUAGGUCCUUCUUCUUCUUCCUCCUCCUUUCACUUGCAGGAAAUCUCCGGUUUGGAAGAGCUGAUCACAGGUAUAAACUUGGGGAUUUUUUUUGAAUUGGAAGGGAUGGGGAGGGUUGAUAUGGAAGCGGCGGUUCGAAGAUCGGUUGCAUUGAUUCUGAUGAAGCACAAUAGUUAUGUUGCUGCUAGGAAAAAGUUAAUUGAAGCAAGAACAUCGUAUCCAGGACUUGAAUAUGUUGAUGAGUUGAUAAAAGUGUGUGACAUAGUAUGUGCAGCUGCAUCUCAAGGGAGUGGAGUUGAUUGGUGCUCGGUUCUGCAGAUUGACAAGACGGCCGGUGAGUCUGAAAUAGAGCUUAAGUAUACAGAGUUGAUCAGUACCUUGGAACCCAUUAAGAACAAGUUUGUGGAAAUUCAAUCAGCUUUGGGGCUGGUCGAGAAAGCUUACAGUGCAUUUAAAGACAGAGAUAAGAGUUCGGAGUCUGAUUCGAGAGGAGAUGCAAGAUUGAGUCCUUGUGGUUCUGCUAAUCGGUUAGAGGUAGCGCAUUCAGGAACCGUGGAUAUAAAUGGUGGAGCUACUUCACAAGUUUCUUUUGGGACUAAGAGAAAUGUUAGAGAGGGUUCAGAUGAAAUAUGCAACUCUGGAGAGCAGCCUUCGAAGAGGAUAAGAAGUUUGGGUGAGAAUGAUUUCGAAGUUACAGCUGAAACCCAAUCACUCGAUAAACUAAUUGGAAAAGAUUGUAGCCAGGAAGCGAGCUCGGGUACUUCUAAAGACAGGAUUGCUUCAAAUGAAGAGGAAGUAUCUUUAGGAAGAUCAUCUGGGAGCCCAGUGAAUUUAAAUACGGAAGCUACUUCGCAGAUUUCUUCGGGGACUAAGAGAAAUGUUAGUGAGUGUUCUGAUAAAAGCAAUUUAAUAUGCAGCUCGCUGGAGCAGCCUUUCAAGAGGGUAAGAAGUUUUGGUGGGGAUGAUCCGAGAAGAGCUGCAAGCUUGCUUCCUUGUGGUUCUGUGAAGCCAUUAGACUUAGAUCAUUCAGAAACCGUGAAUAUAAAUGAGGGAGCUACUUUACAAAGUUCUUGCGGGACUAAGAGCAUUGUUGGCGAGGAUUCAGAUAAAAGCAGUCUAUUAUGCAACUCAGGGGAGAAGCCUUGGAAGAAGGUAAGAAGUUUGGAUGGGGAUGAUUGUGAAGUUCUAGCUGAGACCCAAUCACUUGAUAAACUACCCGGAAAAGUUUGUUGCCAGGAAGCGGGGUCAGAUACUGCUGAAAGCAAGAGUAGAUUAAAUGAAGUGACGGAUCCUGACCCCUUAUCAGUACUUGAGGAUGUUGUUGAGGAUACAGUUGCAGCAGAAUUUAGCAAUGGUGCCUGCAUUAAGCACCAAAAUUCUGGAUCUCCUCCUAUCACUUCACUGCUGAAUCCCGAAAUAUGUAGGCAAUGUGCAGGGGAUGUUGCUCCUGGAGAUCAAAAUGUCAAGCAACUCAAUGCAACUUCAAGGCCAUUAACAUGUAAAGAAAAAAACAGUCAGGCUGAUGGAACUUCAAAAGAUGAAAGCACAUCGUCUUCAGCUAAUUUGGAAGCGGAUGGGUUGUCAAAAGAGAAUGAACGCAACCUAACUGCAAAAGAUGACAAAGAGAAAGUGGCAGAAGAGAUUGAUUUUGAGAGCGACAGUGUCAGUUUGGGUGGACUUAUGGUGAAUGUGUCUGAGCAUGGAAAUAGUGCAAGCCACUCAGAUGAUGCAAUUAAUAAGUUGGUUGACAAAGAGAAAGUGGCUGAAGAGAUUGAUACUGAGAGUGAAUGUGUCAGGUUGGGUGGGGAUGAUUGUGAAUUCUUAGCUCAGACCCAAUCACUCAAUAAACUCACAGGAAAAGUUUGUGGUGAAGAAGUGAGCUCGGAUACUCCUAAAUGCGGUACUAGAUCAAAUGAAAAAAAGAGUCAGGCUGAUGGAACUUCAAAUGUUGAAAACACAUUAUCUUCAGAUAAUUUGGAUACGGAUAGGACGUCAAGAGAGAAUGUAGGCAACCUAACUGCCGAAAAUGACAUAGAGAAAGUGGCAGAAGAGAUUGAUUUCGAGAAUGAUGGAGUCAGUUUGGGUGGACUCAUGGUGGAUGUGUCUGAGUGUGGAAAUAGUGCAAGUCAUUCAGAUGAUGCAGUUAAGAAGUUGGUUGACAAAGAGAAAGUGGCUGAAGAGAUUGGUACUGAGAAUGACUGUGUCAGGUUGGGUGGGGAUGAUAGUGAACUUAUAGCUGAGGGUCAAUCACUCAAUAAACUCACAGGAAAAGUUUGUGGCCGAGAAGUGAGCUCAGAUACUGCUAAACCCAGUACCAGAUCAAAUGAAGUGGAAGGAUCGUUAGUAAGAUUAUCUGGGUGCACAGUUAAAUCCAUAAUAGUUCACAAGGCUGGUGCAUUUGCAGUUGGACAGUUUUUGGCUUUUUACGAUCAAGAAAAAAUGCCUCGGUUGUAUGCUCGGAUCAAUAAAGUAGAAAGUUGUUAUUCAAAGGAAACAAAGAGCACAGAAAACACAUUGCACGUUAGGUGGCUGAGACCUGCUCCUAUCAACCCAGAUGAGAAAAAAUGGCAUGAGGUAGGUUUGCCUGUUUCUUGUGGGUUCUUUAAGCUGGAUAGUGAUGAAAUAGAUAAAUGUAACAUUAUAGUUGGCAAUCACCCUGUUAUCUCACAUUUGGUCACUUCGUUUCAAGAACAUUGUUAUUCAAAUGAAUUGGUUGAACUUUAUCCAAGAGAAGGGGAAGUGUGGGCACUUUAUAAGGAGUGGAAUCCAUAUGAUUGGUUCUCGGAUCCGAAAACAAGGGAAGGAUGCAAGUUCCAUCUCGUAGAAGUUCUCAAUGAUUACUCCACAGAAAAUGGUGUUAAGGUUGCAUGUCUAGUAAAGGUGGCAGCGCAUGAAACCAUCUUUCGAAGGAGCGGCCUCUCUUUUCAAAUUGCAGCUCGCUACUUGUUUGGGUUUUCUCAUUAUAUCCCUGUUAAGUCCACAGGUGAUAUGGGGGGUUUAUUUUCAGGUAUGGUACUUGAUCUCGACCCAUUAUCAAUACCCGAGAAUGUUUUUGUGGAUACAGUUGCAGCAGAAGUCAGUAAUGGUUCCAGCAUUAAGCACCAAAAUUCAAGACCUGCUCCUAUAACUUCUAUGCCGGAUCCCAAAAUCUGUACAGUGAAUCAAUGUGAAGGUGGGUCAUCAAGAGAGAAUGUGGGCAGCCAAACUGCAACGAAUGAUGAAGAGAAAGUGGCAGAAGAUAUUGACUUUGAUGGUUUCAGUUUUGGUGGAUUUAUGGUGAAUGUGUCUGAAUUUGGAGUUAGUUCAUGUGAUUCGGAUGGCGCAGUUAAUAAGUUGGAUGACAAAGGGAAAGUGCCAGAACAGAUUGAUGGUGUCAGUAAACUUAUGGUGAAUGGGUCUGAAUGUGAAAAUAGUUCAAGUGACACAGAUAAUGCAGUUAAUAGGUUGGACGAUGAAGAGGAAAUGGCAGAUGCGAUUGAUUCUAAGAAUGAUGGUGUCAGUUUGGGUGGAAUUAUGGAGUCUGAAUGUGAAAAUAGUUCAAGUGACUCUGAUGAUGCAGUUAAUAAGUUAGAUAUUGGUCAAGUUAUAGAAAUCAUCAAAUGGAAUGGAAAUAUAGAAUCGAAAUGGCAAACUAAAAAUGCCAUGCUUUCCUCCUUUGAAGAGGAUCCCAUCCUUUGUAUGAAAGCUGUUUGUGCUUUACAUAGAGAGCAACUACCGAAGGGAAAAUCAGUCAAAAGUUCAUUGCAUAACAGGAACCGACGAUUUAGUGUCUUUAGCAAGUUCGUGGCACUCAGGGGAAGUGAGAUGGCUGAGUUUCUGACGGAUAAUAAUCCCAAAGGUGACUUGAAGAGGUCUGCAAAAGAGCUGGAAGUUUUCAUCCCUGAAGGACUAGAAGAUUGUAAAACUUUAGCUCAAUUCUACUCGAAUGAAUUAUUCAUCAUAUACCAGAACCACGAAGAUCCUUUCUUCGGUCCAUAUUAGGUUAACAACAUGAUGAAAUCGAAACUUACUCCCUCCUUUGCGUAAGUUAAAUAUGGAUAGAGCGACUAACGAUUGUAAUAUUGUAGGAAUAGGUGGUAUAUAUGUACUUGGUGAAUGGUGAUGCAGGUGGAUUUUUUGUUGUGUGUUUUGUUCAGCUCCUUUUUGCGAACAAAACCACUUUUGCUGAAACAUUGGUGCUUCGGAUUGGCUGAACUAACUGGUGGGUAGUAUUCCGAACUACGGGCUACGUCUCCUUGAGGGUUUGGUAAGUAACAUUUUGUCUUUAAAAGAUAGUGUUUUGUAGUGUUUAGUCUUUAUACUUCUACCUGUCAUGUAUAUAGAGACCUGCUUAUCUUUUAAUAGCUAACAAGGCUGUUGAUGAAGAACACUUUUUGGAAGUUUAUUAUGCAGUAAUUUAGUGGAGUUUCUAGUUUC